CCUUGACCUUUUAUUAUUUAUUGUUUAUUUUAUUUUUUAUUUAUUUCUUUUUCUUUUUUCUUUUAUUAUUAUACUUUAACAAUGGAAUAUAUACCUACUCCAAACUUGGAUAUUUUUACUGAUGAUCCAUUCUUUUCUUUAUCUGAAUUUGAUCUCGAAUUACAACAACAAGCUCAAGCUGCUAUUCAACAACCUACUCAAGAACUAUGGCAAGAUUUCGAUCGUUAUCUUCCUGUAGAUUGUCAACCUUUUAUUAAUAACCAAUCAAUCAAUACACCUAUUAACAAUACUAUACAACAACCUUUAUCUACUAAAAAAUAUGAACCUAAUAUCUCUCCACCAUAUGAUUUUGAUGUUACUCCUAUUGUACCUUCACAAUAUAAAGAUAUUAUAAAACAAGAAUAUCCAAGUCCUGAACAACAAACAUAUAUACCUUCUUCUCCACAACAACAACAACAACAACAACAACAACAACAUUCAAUGUUAGUAUCUUCUAUAGACACUUCUUCUUCUUCUUCUUCUCCUUCUUCUCCUCCUCAACAACAACAACAACAACAACAAAUCAAUUCCACUCAGCCAACUGAAACACCUAUCUCUCAAUCAACUUCUUCCAUGACUCCGACGAAUGUAGCUGACAUUAUUGCCAAAAUCAAUUGGGAUUCCCCGGUUUUAUCUUAUUCAGAUCCAAAUAAAGUACCUAUUCAAAGAUUGAAACCUUCUAUCAACACUCAAACACCAACAUUAUCAACAUCUUCAAAUAUCACUGGUGGUAAACAAAAGAAAACUGCUCAUAAUGCUAUUGAACGACGUUAUCGAAACAAUAUCAACGAUCGCAUCACUGAAUUGAAAAAUGCCGUCCCUGCUCUUCUUCAUGCAAAACCAAAAGAUCGUCAUCAUUCUACCAACAACAACAAUAAUAAACGUAAUAGAUUAAAUGAUGAUGAUGAUGAUGAUAUUGGCGACGAUGGAGAAGAAUAUCUUGAUGGUGUGGCCGUAGCGACUAAACUCAAUAAAGCAACAAUUUUACGCAAAGCAACUGAAUACAUCACACAUCUCAAACGUACGGGUGAUAAUAUGAAACGAGAAAAUGAUUCCCUUCAACAUUUAUUAGCACAACUUCCAGGUGGUCAUGAAGUAUUAGCUCAUUAUCAAGUACAAAAGAUCCAACGUGAACAAAUGAUGCAACGUCAGCUCAUGAUGGAACGUCAAUUGAUAAAACAAGAACAACAAAAUAGGAAAAAAGCAGCAAGCAAACGCAAAAGAGCUAGAAAACAACAUAUCAACGAUGAUGAAUUUGAUGAUGGCUCUCUAUCAAGCAACUCUGGUGAUCAUCCUAGAACUCCUUCUUCUGAUAGUAGUAUGACCAACAGUCGUGUUUUUAUGGCUCUCUUUAUGGCAAUCACCUUUUUUUCUUCUUCUCCCUUGACCACUCCAGCAGGAUCUGAACAAGUCAAUAAUCAUCAUCAUGUUUCCCGAACAGCAAGUGAACAAAUGAAUGGUGCUUCUAUGCCUACUGCAAACGAAUCUUUCAAUGGAUAUGAAUCUAUCAACAACCAUAAUAUCAACCAUUCAUGGUUAUCUAUAGAUGAUGGAUGGUCUCUUUUACGUCUGGUAUUAUUCAUUGCUUGUAUGAUUCAAUUAUUACUUCCUUACUUGAAGACUUGGAUAUUUGGUCGUGCAUUUAGGGUACGUCGAAUGGUGUCUCAUGCAAAGCUACGUCGUCAACAACGUCUUCAUCCUACUGGCAAGAACAAAAAAUUAGAAUUUGGCAAUAAAUCUAAUUCCAUGUCUCCUGGUGAUGAAAAAUGCAUGCAAAUGUAUCAAUUAUUGGUGAAACUUCUCUUGACUGAACAUGAUGACACAACCGUCAGAAUAUCUUCAAAAAAUACCAUUGGAUUACUUUGGUCUCUGAUGAAAGAAAUGACACUAUUCACUGCUCGACAUGUAUUUGGUUAUGAUAUUGCUUGCAACAAUGAUGAAGAAGAAAUCGACAUGGAUGAUGAUGAUGAAUGGGAUCAACAACAGUUACAAAAAUGGAGUCAUGUCUUUAAAUGGAUCAAGCUCAACGAAUGUGAAUGUCUUGGUGGCAAUCCUUUUAUAUCACGACUAACCUUACUCUAUCACAGUUUACGUAUGCUCAAUUUGGUGGAUUCAUUACAAGAAGAAUUCGAUGAUGAUGACGAUCAAGAAGGAAAACAAAUCUCUUCCAUGCGUGCACGAGCUUAUGCGACAGCAACUAUUCAGGUGGUUUUAGCACUUCCAUCUACCUUCCUUUCUUCUCGUAUUGCAGAUUACUUGUGGGGAUUAGCCAUGUGGGAUGCUAAUGAAGAAGAUACCUGGGCAUGCUUGACUGAAGAAGACCAACAAGGAAGUUUUAUCUCAGCAUUAUCUACCAAAUCUCCUUGGGUGGAAACAUUGGACGUCAUCCACAAUCAAAUCUCAACAUGGACAAGUCUGACAACAUCUACAUCAAAGAAAACACUUGGAUUAUCACUCUCUGCCAAUGCACCUGCUCUUGUUCCAACUGCUAUUCUUUCGAAUCUCUAUCUUUUGGAUCGAUUGGAAUCUGAUUUUCGAAGUCUUAUUGAUGGUAUGAUGAUGCCCAUUUCAUCUGUGUCUAAAGAUCCUUCUACAACCAUGUUUUUCGCCUAUGCUUCUUCUCUGUCCUUGAAUGAUGAUUCUCGACGUGUGGCUGAUUGGUUUAGUCUUGUUGGUGCGGCUGUGGAAGCACUUUGGCGUCGUGAUGUGGAAAGAGCCGAACAAAGUAUGAUGACAUUGGUUCAACGUGUUCCUCGAGCCAUGAUUGCCCCUGGGUUUUCCAAGAAAAAGACUCGACAAAGUGAAUUGGAUACCAUCACAAAGCAACAAGUGAUACAUAUGUUAGCAGGUGCCACUUUAUUAUUAAAGCAAGAUAGUCAAGGCAUCAAGGAAUUGGAAAUAGCGGAAAGUUUACGACAAAAGAAGAUCAAGAAAUCCUUACCGACAACAAAUGAAUUGGAAGCAACACAUGUGGAAGGACGUAUCAUGGCCCUAGCAGAAUUUGCAGUCAUGUUGGUUGGAUUGGAAGCAUGGAUUUUUGCAUGGCAGCAACUCUUAUCACCCAAAGAUGACAUUAUCCAAGUGGACAAGGUACAUCCUACAGUGGAGAAUACAAAUAAACAAAUUCGAUCAGCUACUCAAUCCUUACGUCGUAUGGUUUGUCGACCUGCAUUGACUGGACUGGAAACGCAAAAUAUGAUUAUUGAUCGCCUUGGUCGCAUUGGUCGUUUUGUGGAAGAACAACCAAUAUAUGAUGAUUUGGAUAACAACGACAAUGACUCAGCCUUUGAACGCUCGGACAUGGAAGAAGAUGCACAUCAAGAUGGAAAUGAACGAUGGUCUGAAAAGGAUAAAAUGAUUCGACUUACUGGAAAGGCUCUUGCUAUCUUACAUGGAAAUUAG